CCCUGCACGCAGCAGCCACUGACCCGCGGGGCGGGGGAGGAGGAAUGAGGCGGCCCAUUCCGCUUUUGAGAGCCCUGCUUUCUUCCCAUUGGUUAACAGGCAUCCUACUUUCUCCGCCCCUCCGGUCGCUUGGUUUUUGUCUCAAGACGCAGCGUGAUGACGUAUUCCCCGACAUUCCACAUGCAAGAUGGCCGCAGUCGGCAAGGAGAGACGUCGCUAAGGGGCUUGCCUGAAACGAGGGGAUUCUAACAUUUUCAGAGAACCUUUUGGAAAGAACAAGUCUACUUCAAUAAAUGAAGGAGAAUAAAGAAAAUUCAAGCCCUUCAGUAACUUCAGCAAACCUGGACCACACAAAACCAUGUUGGUACUGGGAUAAGAAGGACUUGGCUCAUACACCCUCACAGCUUGAAGGACUUGAUCCAGCCACUGAGGCCCGGUACCGCCGAGAGGGCGCUCGGUUCAUCUUUGAUGUGGGCACACGUUUGGGGCUACACUAUGAUACCCUGGCAACUGGAAUAAUUUAUUUUCAUCGCUUCUAUAUGUUUCAUUCCUUCAAGCAAUUCCCAAGAUAUGUGACAGGAGCCUGUUGCCUCUUUCUGGCUGGGAAAGUAGAAGAAACACCAAAAAAAUGUAAAGAUAUCAUCAAAACAGCUCGUAGUUUAUUAAAUGAUGUACAGUUUGGCCAGUUUGGAGAUGACCCAAAGGAGGAAGUAAUGGUUCUGGAGAGAAUCUUACUGCAGACCAUCAAGUUUGAUUUACAGGUGGAACACCCAUACCAGUUCCUACUCAAAUAUGCAAAGCAACUCAAAGGUGAUAAAAACAAAAUUCAAAAGUUGGUUCAAAUGGCAUGGACAUUUGUAAAUGACAGUCUCUGCACCACCUUGUCACUGCAGUGGGAACCAGAGAUCAUAGCAGUAGCAGUGAUGUAUCUCGCAGGACGUUUGUGCAAAUUCGAAAUACAAGAAUGGACCUCCAAACCCAUGUAUAGGAGAUGGUGGGAGCAGUUUGUUCAAGAUGUCCCAGUCGACGUUUUGGAAGACAUAUGCCACCAAAUCCUGGAUCUUUACUCACAAGGAAAACAACAGAUGCCUCAUCACACCCCCCAUCAGCUGCAACAGCCCCCAUCUCUUCAGCCUACACCACAAGUGCCGCAAGUACAACAGUCACAACCGUCUCAAGGCUCCGAACCAUCCCAGCCCCAGCAGAAGGACCCCCAGCAACCAGCCCAGCAGCAGCAGCCAGCCCAGCAGCCCAAGAAACCCUCUCCGCAGCCCAGUUCUCCCCGACAGGUUAAGCGAGCCGUGGUUGUAUCUCCCAAAGAAGAGAACAAAGCAGCAGAACCACCACCACCUAAAAUUCCCAAGAUUGAGACCACUCACCCACCGUUGCCUCCAGCCCACCCACCUCCAGACCGGAAGCCUCCCCACGCUGCUGCCUUAGGUGAGGCUGAGCCGCCAGGCCCUGUGGAUGCCACUGACCUCCCCAAAGUCCAGAUUCCUCCUCCGGCCCACCCGGCUCCUGUGCACCAGCCACCACCACUGCCACACCGGCCCCCGCCCCCACCCCCCUCCAGCUACAUAACCGGGAUGUCCACCACCAGCUCCUACAUGUCUGGAGAGGGCUACCAGAGCCUGCAGUCCAUGAUGAAGGCCAAGGGCCCUCCCACCAACGGCCGGCGUGCACACCUGCCCUACUACCUCAACGUCUACCCGCCCAACCCACCCCCACCGCCUAUGCUCUCCCCGGCCUCCUUCCCCCAACCUGCCAUCCCACCUCCUACUCCUGGCUACUCCCCACCCCCACCCACCUAUAACCCCAACUUCCCACCCCCACCUCCACACCUGACCCCUACCCACGCAGUCGCCCCUCACCUUCCUCCAGGCUUGGGUCUGCCACCAGCCAGCUACCCACCUCCUGCUGUGCCCCGAGGACAGCCCCCUGUGUCCCCGCCCAUUCCCCCACCUGGCAUGCCUCCAGUUGGGGGGCUGGGGCGGGCAGCCUGGAUGAGAUAACGUGAGCCUUUUUUCCCUUUUUUUUUUUUUUUUAAAAAAACAAGUUUUUGUAAUCAACUUGCAGAGUAGUUGAAGUGGGAAAGCAGCAGGGUACCUUGUAUAAUGCGUGACCAUUGCAGUGUGGGAGGAAUGGACCAGGCCCCUGGGAUAGAAUUGGGGUGGUCCUCAUCUGGAGGACGGGGACAGCCAGCUUUCAGAGUAGUCUCAUCAGUGCCCUUGCAGUCUGACCGUGUACACUUGGUUCAGCUCACGUCUGAGUCCUGCACUGGGUUACUUUAUACUAGUGAAGAUGUUAACCAGCCAUAUUGGCUCAAUAAAUAGCUUCGGUAAGGAGUUAAUUUCCUUCUAGAAAUCAGUGCCUACUUUUCCUGGAAACUCCAUUUUAAAUAGUCCAAUUCCAUCUGAAGUCAAGCUGUUGUCAUUUUCAUUCAAUGACGUUCUCUCCCAUGACACCCAGAAGGGUCAGAAGAACCACACUUUUCAUUUAUAGAUGUUUGCAUCCUUUGUAUUAAAAUUGUUUCGAAGGGGUUGCCUGUUGGAUGGCUUUUUUCUUUUUCCUCCAGGGAGAAGGGGAGAAAUGUAUUUGGAAAGUAAUGUAUGUUUACAUCUAUUUGCAAAUUCCUGUACAUAGAGAUAUAUUUUUUAAGUGUGAAUGUAACAACAUACUGUGAAUUCCAUCUUGGUUACAAAUGAGACUCCUUCAGUCAGUUAUCCAAAUAAAAGCAGUUCUGAAACUA